AUGUCAGACGUGUCUUCAACUGCUCUUAACUCUGGUCCAAAUGUCUCUUCCACUUCAAGUGCUAGUAGUGCUCGACCUCUUCCUCGACUCCCAGUCCCUCGUCUUCGCAGCACCUUGGACCGUUACCUCGAAUCACUUGAGCCUUUCCUUCUCGAGGAUGAAGCACGCGGAGGCGCUUCAUUUAAAGACGCAAUGCGUGCAAGGGUGAAUAUGAUAAAUGAGUUCGAACGUGGGCUAGGAAGGACAUUACAGGAACGACUUUUAGAACUCGACAAGAAAUCUCUAUAUAACUGGCUAGACGAUAACUUUUGGCUGAAGAAGGCAUACUUGGAAUGUCGCGCUCCGUUGCUCAUUAAUUCGAAUUGGUGGUUAGCGUACAAAGACGACCGCACUGUACCGGAAUCCGUACAAAAGGGAGUCGAUGCAGGAGAUGUACGUGCAGGAAUAACAUCUUGGCAAAUUCGUCGAGCUGCUUGGCUACUUAGCCGGACACUUCAAUUUAGAGAGCGAAUAGAAUCGCAAGAAUUACAUCCUGAUACCACGCACACCGGCAAAUGGAUGCGACAUACCGUUCCGAGGAUGUUCAACGUGUGCAGGAUACCUCGACCUGUCUGUGAUAGGCUUUCCCAUUCGCAACCCUCUGCACCCUCAAAGAAUAAAGUAAUGGUCAUGCUUCACGAUUGGAUUUACGUCGUGGACGUCUACGAUGGUGGGAAUACAAAUAUCGGACAUAUAGAGCUAGAGAAACGGAUUCGCGAUAUUGUUCUUGACGCGGACAGACGACUGGCUUCUGGAGAGAGGGCUUUGCCGAUUGGAGUUCUGACUUCUGAUAACAGAGAUAACUGGACUCAGAAUUAUACAUAUAUCUCCCAACUAUCUCCUACCAACCGCGAGACAUUACAAACAAUCGAAGACUGCACGAUGGCUGUCAGCCUGGACCACUACACAUACGAAACUCGCGACCCACAUCCUUCCGAACUGAAAUCACACCUACACAAUAUCCGUUCGGGUAUGAACGCACGAAACAGGUGGUUCGAUAAGGGUAUUACGCUGAUCGUCGAGAGGAAUGCACGAGCGGGGAUGAUGGGCGAGCAUUCCCCUGUAGACGCGCUUGUGCCGAGUAUCGUUGCGGAUUAUUCGCUUGCGGCAGAUAUGGAGUCUGAUGUGGACUGGCCGCCUUUGCAGUCGUUUGAUGCUGCGAAAUCUGAGAAUGAGGAGCCGAGACGUUGGCAACAGCUCGGCUGGGUAGUUGACGAACGGCUGAUCAAGGAGUGCAAGGAGGCGGAAGAACGUGCUAAAGUUCUUAUUAAUGAUUCGGAUGACGAUGUUAUGUGGUUCACUGAAUACGGAACUGAUUGGAUAAAGAACAACGCUCUUCUCCCCCCGGACGCGUUCAUCCAGAUGGUAAUGCAGCUUGCAUGGUACCGUACGCGCGGAUCGUUCACUGCAACAUACGAGACAGUGUUAACAAGGCUAUUCCAACACGGACGUACGGAAACGAUUCGAACACUAACAACAGACUCGAGGAACUUUGUCCUCGCGAUGUGUAAUCCAACAACCUCAACUGAAGACCGUCUCCGCCUCUUACGCCAGGCCGUCAAGACCCACGCCCUCCUAACGAAAGCAGCAGCGACUGGAAAAGGUAUCGACCGACACCUACUCGGAUUACGCCUCCUCAUGAAAGACGGUGAAUCGUCCCCUCUAUUCGACGACGAGCUUUUCACGAGGAGUCAGGAGUGGAAGCUUAGCACGAGUGGGUUGAGCGCGGGGACGUACUUCCGCGGGACGGGAUUCGGCGCACCGUAUCAUGACGGCUACGGGGUCAACUACUUAGCAGGACCCGACGUAAUCAAAUUCGGUAUAGAAUCAAAGUUCUCCUGUAAAGACACUUCAACGGAAACCUUCAAGCAUGCUAUCUCUUCCGCUCUUCUAGACAUGAGAGCUCUUCUUCAGCUCGACGUAUCUAUUGCACCUAAAAUCUCUAAUUCUGAUCUUGAUCAUGUACUUAGAGCCAGACUAUAA